CGGAGCGUGGAAAGCACCUCUCGGGGCUUCAUGGGGGCUCUCGAGCAAUUUUGGCUCACGGUUCCCCAGCGUGGUCGGUUCCAUGGUUCCUGCAGCACUGCGUGGUCGGCGUGGUCUUCUCAGCUUUCUCGCCAGCAGGCAGUUCCGAUGCCUGUGCUCUCGGUUAUGCCGAGCACCCUUCCUGGAGCAAUCUCAACUUACUGGGAAAGCAGACAGGGACUUCAGAGUUUCAUAGAAGUACUUGAAAAAACUAGGACCGUAGAUCCAAGCUUUUUUUCCAGUAUUUCUAUGAAGCGGAAUGCGUGGAGUUCAUAGCGCCUCGACUCGCCCAAUACGGCGUCAUGACAGCCAUGCCGUUUGAGAGAGCAAGCGGUGAUAUCGCAAUUAGUGUUGCGUGUCUCAUAAACGGGACCAGGUUGAUUGACAUACUGGCCAGAACUUGUGGCUGGCGUUCGGUCAUUGACAAUUCGAAUAGGAAGUGGGCGGCCGUGACAUACUUGCUAGUUCAGCUGGACCCGCAGUCGCUGGAAAUGCGCCUCGACAUGACAAAGGUGAGGCUUGCAGGAGAGACGAUUUUCCGUGAGUGCACUCUCGAUGAAGCGAUCCAUGCCAUCAUAGAGUCCAGCGUGCCAACAUUUCGCAGCCACGAAGCUCUACGUUUUGGCUUGAGUUCAGAACACGAGUAGACUUUCGAUGCAUUCAUGACAUGUAGAUCUUUCUCUACCAGCCGUGGAUGUUCGUACGACAUGUACUCCGUAAAGAACUACACUGUUGUCAGUAUUGUUUGCAUACCUAGUUGUCGCCCAUGCUCUGUGCAAGAGAAAAGUGCGUUCUUUAGGGAAUGCCGCGGCCAAUUCUGCAAUCUCGACUUGGGAAAGUAUGCCCACGAAGUUGAUGCAUUCGUAGUCCGAGCUAGAUGUCCUGUCAGUGCUGCAUUUUGAAUGGGCUGGCAUGUUUGGCUACAUGAACGCUUUUCCUCAAAGCAUCAGACACGUCUAUGCAUAUCCUCCGCCGGCAUUGGAAAUGAGUGGCCAUAUAGGUAAGAACUUUUGAUUCAAUUCGUCGCAUGUGAUCUGGUUUCACGAUUCCUGGGAUGAGAAGGUGAAGCUUGCCACAUUCCAUCGAGUCCGAGAUGUGAUAUUGCGCAACGUGGAGUCGUCGGGCGGGCAGCUUGUGCGGAGAGGAAUAUCAAGCAUUACGUCCUCUUCGUUUCUCCUUUUCUUGCCUACUCCAAGCUGGAGUGUAUGAUCAUCUUGCGACUAUUGCUUGUUGCUGAUUCGUAUCCGUCCCCAUUGGGUCUCAACGCAGCGAAUCCGUUUAAGCAGUUUUAGGUGCAGCUUGCUGCCUUUGGCGCAUACCGGCACCGUGCCUGGGUUGUUCAGCCACGCUUGUGGGCGCGAUGCGCAGUGCGAACAUGGUCGGGAGUUCGGUCCGCGGUGUCUCACGG